AUGCAGCCGUUUCAAUCGACAGCCCGCCCCGAGGGCCCGAGGGAGUCCUCCCCAGAGAGGGCGAAGUCCCCGGAUACCCCCACGACACCGGUCCUGAACUUCUCCAUCGCACGGCUUAUGGAACCAGAUAGAAAGAAGUCAGUCAGCCCCGAAUUACCGCCACCUCCCGGUUUCCUAUCUUACGGCGCCCAACUUCUGGACUCCGCAUUCAAACAAUACAUACCAGCAGCAAGACGACAGCUCGUGUCUCACUACCCGCUGCUGUACUAUGGUCCAGACCUAGUAUCACUGACCUACGCCCACCAGCUUCACUUACCGAGGCCACCGCCAGUGCAAUCUCCAGUUCAAAGACCACCAAGUCCUCGAGCUCCAGCAGCAGACCACGCUGUCUCUUCAACGACCGGCCCUACUCCCUCUCCAGCCAAAAAUAAGAGCUUUGCUUGUGGCGACUGCGGCAAAGUAUUCAACGCGCACUACAACUUGACGCGACACAUGCCCGUCCACACCGGAGCUCGCCCGUUUGUUUGUAAAAUUUGUGGCAAAGGUUUUAGACAAGCAUCUACGUUAUGUCGACACAAAAUAAUCCACACCUCUGAGAAACCGCAUAAAUGUCUGACCUGUGGGAAGGCGUUCAAUCGUUCCUCAACAUUGAAUACUCAUGCGAGAAUCCACGCGGGCUACAAACCCUUCGUGUGCGAAUUUUGCGGAAAAGGAUUCCAUCAGAAGGGGAACUAUAAGAACCAUAGACUGACGCACAGCGGGGAAAAGGCUUACAAAUGCAAUAUAUGCAAUAAAGCGUUCCACCAAAUUUACAAUCUCACCUUCCACAUGCACACCCAUAAUGAAAGGAAGCCAUUCACCUGCAGCAUCUGCGCUAAAGGAUUCUGUAGGAACUUUGAUCUUAAAAAACAUACAAGAAAGCUUCACAUGGGAGCAGGCAGUUCUAAUAACGACUCAUCUUUAGACACGCAAGACGAGUCGACUCAGGAAGCAACAACUAGUCCAAGCGAGGAGACCAGUCGAGCUGCCUUCAGACCGUUUCUCGGGUCUACAUACCCCAGAAUCUUGGACCCAGCUAGGAUCACAGCUCCCAAUACAUUCUUCUCAAAACUCUUG